CGCCGCUUAGCCAGCUGAGUAGUACUAGUAGAUCCAAUUCGCGCGCGCAUCGUUCAGUUCGCACGUACGUGUGUGUGAAGAGAGAUGAACCGCUUCGCCGAGACCGAGGGGAAGAGCGCGCACGACCCGCUGUACAGCCCCCGCAGCGCGGCGAGGGCCACGACCACCGGCGACUUCACCGUCGGUGAACCGAUCCCGGGGCCGCUGAUCGUGGGCGCAGGACCGGCGGGGCUGGCUGUGGCGGCGGCCCUCGCGGUGAACGGCGUGCCGUACCUGGUGCUGGAGCGGCACGACUGUAUCGCCUCGCUGUGGCGCCACCGCACGUACCGCAGGCUGCGGCUGCACCUGCCCAAGCGCUUCUGCGAGCUGCCGCUCAUGCCCUUCCCGCCAAGCUUCCCCACGUACCCGACCAGGGAGCAGUUCCUCGACUACCUCGAGGACUAUCGCCGCACGUACGGCAUCCUCCCGAUGUUCGGGCAGGCCGUCGUCAGCGCCGAGUACGACGGGGAGUUCUGGAGGGUGCGCACCGAGAAGGUCAUCACGGCGGAAAUCGACGGCGAGGAGGCCGUCCUGAGCACCACCACAACGGAGCACCGGUCCAAAUGGCUAGUCGUCGCCACCGGCGAGAACGCCGAGCCUGUCAUGCCGGAGAUCGACGGCAUCGAGACCUUCAAGGGCCAGGUCAUGCACUCCAGCGACUACCGCAGCGGCGAGGGCUACAAAGGCAAGAAGGUGCUCGUCGUCGGUUGCGGCAACUCCGGCAUGGAGGUGUCCCUCGACCUCUCCAACCACAAUGUGCAGACCUCCAUGGUUGUGCGUGACAGGGUGCACGUCCUGCCUAGGGAGAUCAUGGGGUGCUCCACUUUUGGGCUGUCUGCGUGGCUCCUCAGGUGGCUACCUAUUCAGACGGUCGAUCGGAUCCUCCUCCUCCUGGCACGCCUCGUGUUUGGUGACUUGGCGCCCCUCGGCAUCACUCGUCCUAGCCUUGGCCCAAUGGAGCUCAAGAGAGUCUCCGGGAAAACGCCGGUGCUCGAUGUGGGAACCAUAGCUAAGAUCAAGUCUGGAGAUAUCAAAGUGUUCCCAGCAAUACAACGUUUCCUAGGGCAUGGCGUGGAGUUCGUUGACGGCAGGAUCGAAGACUUUGACGCUGUCAUCCUUGCCACUGGUUAUAAAAGCAAUGUGCCAUAUUGGUUAAAGGAGAAAGAAUUCUUCUCGGAGAAAAAUGGAUUUCCACAAAAACCAAAUGGAUGGAAAGGGGAGCGUGGCCUCUAUGCUGUUGGGUUCUCGAGGCGUGGCCUCCUGGGCGUGUCCAUGGACGCCACCAAGGUUGUAGAUGACAUUGUGCAGCGUUGGCGUGACAUAGGCUAUGGAAGGCACAAGAUGAAAAUGAUGUCAGAAGAGCCAAUGAAUGAAGCCCCCUUCUCCUCUAAUUUGAAUUUUUUGUGAAUAUGUGUACUAGUCUACUUUAUGUUUCAUUCUAACUGAUAGAUACGCUAGAAAUUAAAAAAAUAGGCUAGCUUAUUUAUCAGCACACCUGUAUAGUUGAAUUAGGUUAGUACAUGUAGAAUUUUUUUCCUCGUUAUUUCCAUAAUGUAAAUAAGCCAUCCUAUAGUUAUUCAUUCGUUGCAUUUUAGUUUUGCCCUAACUUUAUAGGAAUAGGGCAUGCACUUGAGAGGGCUAAUUUCUUUAUCUUCCGUCCUUUUUUUCAUGAAAUAAUAUUUAUUUUACUAUUUUGGCAAAUGAUGCAUGUAUGUCAUGUAAGUGUUAUUUUUAUUCUUAUUUUCUCUAAAACUCGACUAAGAGUAGAUAUGUUCACCUAUUAUUAAUAUGUUGGAGGUGCGAAUCCACCCUGGUUCGUUGGGUGACAGCUGCCCUCACUAAGCA